AUGUUACCGUUUCGUGGUCAUGAUGAGUCGGAUGACACCAUUUCCAGAGGGCUUUUCAUUGAAACAUUAUCUUUGAUUAGAGAACACAAUGAGAAUGACGAGUCUAGUGAUGUAUCUAAAAAGGAGAAAAUGGCUAUGGUUUUGAGAUAUGUUGAUAGACUUGGAGUUGUUAAGGAGAGAUUUAUUGGAGUUGUUCACGUGACAGAUACAUCUUCUUUGACUCUUAAAGCUACCAUUGAUUUUGUAUUUACUGAAAAUAAAUUAAGCAUGACUCAGGUAAGAGGGCAAGGUUAUGAUGGAGCAAGUAAUAUGUGUGGUGAGUUUAACGGUUUGAAAGCGUUUAUCUUAAGAGAUAAUAAGUCAACAUAUUAUGUACAUUGUUUUGCUCACCAACUUCAAUUAGUGAUGGUGGUGGUUGCAAAGAAUCAUGAUGGUACUCAUGACUUCUUUGAGCAACUAGAUUUGGUGGUUAAUGUGGUUUGUGUGGUUUGUGCUUCCUGCAAAAGAAAGGAUAUCAUACGAGAGAGCUACAAAAAGAGAUUGCAAACGAAAAUUGGUAUUGGUGAAACUGAAACUGGAAGAGGGUUGAAUCAAGAGCUUUCUCUAAUUCGAGCAUGA